GACAAGCUUAUAGUUAAAAUAAGGUGUUUUUCUACUCCAUUUUGUUUUAUAUAAAAAACAAAGCUCAUAAUUGUUCGACAUACAACUGACAAAGCGAAAUUAUUGUAUCUUCUAGAUCAUCAUGCAAAUCUUUGUGAAGACUCUAACUGGCAAGACCAUUACAUUAGAAGUGGAGCCUUCUGACACAAUUGAGAAUGUGAAGGCGAAGAUCCAAGACAAAGAAGGAAUUCCUCCUGAUCAACAGCGUCUCAUCUUUGCUGGCAAGCAGCUGGAAGACGGACGCACCUUGUCAGACUACAACAUUCAAAAAGAAUCCACACUUCAUCUUGUACUGCGUCUUCGUGGAGGCAUGCAGAUCUUCGUGAAAACUCUGACCGGAAAGACCAUCACUUUGGAAGUAGAAGCUUCGGACACAAUUGAGAAUGUGAAGGCGAAGAUCCAAGACAAAGAAGGAAUUCCUCCUGAUCAACAGCGUCUCAUCUUUGCUGGCAAGCAGCUGGAAGACGGACGCACNUUAUAUAUAUAUGAGUACUUAAUAGGGAUAUUCCACAUCCGGGACAAAAAAUUAACAUCAAGCAAUCGUUGA